GAAUCCUUCUCACCCUUUUUCAAACUUCGCUGGGAUUCGCUGUUGGUCCAUGAUGUCACUUGUAAGCGCCGAAAUCCAGUUGCUAUGGAUAACUGAUGGGGAAAAGUUGAGCGUUUUCGUGUUACCCGCCUAGAUAUCAGAUGGAUGACAUCAAUGUACUGCACCACAAAUGCCUCCUGAAUCUGAGGCGAAGAAUUCAAGAUGUUGGGGAUGGGCUCCCGGCACAGGAACGGUACAUGAGGUUGCAGAAAGAUGGAGACAUGCUAAGUUACCAUGGAAACUCGGAGGAGGUGGGUUGCUAUGUGGCCGGCCAUCCUUUAUCUAAAGAAAACUGUUACUUCGAGGUGACAAUAGUGGACACAGGUGUGAGGGGGACAAUUGCUGUGGGCCUGGUUCCCAGAUUUUACAGGCUGGACCACCAGCCUGGCUGGCUGCCAUACUCAGUAGCUUACCAUGCCGACAAUGGCAAGUUAUACAAUGGUAACCCUGUAGGGCAGCAGUUUGGGCCAAAGUGUGUUCGUGGUGACUGCAUUGGCUGUGGAAUACACUCAGAAAACACUGAAGCAGGUUUUACAACAGUGUUUUUCACCAAAAAUGGCAAAGAGGUUGGUUCUGUAGAAAUUCCUGUGUUGGCGGAGGGGUUGUUCCCUGCAGUGGGGAUGCACUCCAUGGGAGAGGAAGUGAAGGUUGACCUACAGGCCGAGUGGGUCCUUGAGGAGGAUUAUAGUAUGAUGAUGGUUGACAGCCAAGAAGAUGACUGGGGACGUCUGUAUGACGUCAGGGUGAGCGGCACGCUCUUGGAAUAUGUGGGCAAAGGAAAAAGCAUCAUGGACGUAGGUUUGGCCCAGGCCCGUCAGCCACUCACCACCCGCUGCCACUACUAUGAAGUGGAAAUUGUCGAUGCUGGGGAGAAGUGCUACAUUGCUCUGGGUCUGGCCAGAAAGGACUACCCCAGAAACAGACACCCUGGGUGGAGCAGAGGGUCAGUGGCCUACCACGCAGAUGAUGGGAAGAUAUUUCAUGGCAGUGGGGUUGGAGAUGCGUUUGGUCCUCGGUGCUUCAAAGGUGAUAUCAUGGGCUGUGGCAUCAUGUUCCCACUAGACUACAUCCUAGAUGGAGAAGGUGACAUGGACGGCUGGGAUGGGCUGGAGAUCCAGUCCGCUUACGCAGGCGUUGAGGACGUUCUCUACAUGAACAAUGAAGAGGAGGAAGAGGAAGAUGGGGAAGCAGCAGAGCAAGACCAGGAAGGCAAGAAGGUCACGGUAUUCUUCACGAGGAACGGGAAGCUCAUGGGCCGGAGGGAGAUGGCAGUUCCCCCUGGGGGCCUCUACCCCACCGUGGGCAUGCUGAGCAGUGGCGAGAAGGUGAAGGUGGAUUUACAUCCUCUCAGUGGAUGAGAGACUGGAACCAGACUGGAACUGGUUCACUGCAGAGCUCACUCUUGGCCAAGCAUGCAGACAGUGCUCGUCAUGAGAUGUAUAACUAAUCAUUCUAUGCAAUCUGUGUGCAUCCUCAUGUCUAACCUCGCUGUGAACUGAAACUCGUGAGGUCUGGCACACUCAAUUUUUGACCUUCGAUUCAAAGAUCAUUGGCAGUUUCAGGGAAUUUUCUCUCUCUCGCUCUCUCUGUGUCUCUCCCUCUUUGUCUCUCUCUCUCUGUGUCUCUUCUCUCUCUCUCUCUCUCUCUCUCUCUCUCUCUCUCUCUCUCUCUCUCUCUCUCUCUCGGACUCUGUCUCUCCUUCAGGCUGAGGCCCUUCUAUGGAUUAAGGACCUGCCGUUGCCCCCUGUUUGUUUCCUGUUCUCAUGGGAAUCAGCUGGAAAACUUUUUGCACUUUGAGCCAUUGUAUUUAAAAGAGGCUGGAAGAUAUUUAGGAAUACACAUGAUGAACAAACCCCUCUCCCAACAGCCAUAAAAAAAAGAUCGCAUUUGCAAACAUCAGUCAUUUCAGCAAUAGGCUGGAUGACACAUACUGUAAUAUUUUGCAUUGUGUGUUAACGUUUCAGUCCCUUUGCAUGUUUCAUGAAUGUUUCUGUCUCAAAGUUCUUCUCUCUCCAGGAUCACAUUCUGUCUGUAAUGCAAAAUCCCUCACAUUCAAACCUAUUGUCAGGCCUAUUGUCAUUACCAUGAUUUUCAUUCACCCAGUCUCCCAUCUGCUUGUGCUUGUCCCUGCUGUUUUGGGGUGAGAGGCUAUCACACACACAGACAAUCAUUCACACUCACAUUUACACCUACGGGUGAUUAAGAAUCUCCAGUUAACUGCAUGUUUUUGGGCUGUGGAAGGAAGCCAGAGUAUGUUGAGAGAACGUAGACAACCAGGGGAUGCACAGUGCUAAGCAUGCUUUUUGGUUCCCACUCAUGAUUGUUGUUUAAUUGACUGAUUAGCAACAGUUGAUUUUGGAAGAUGGAUCUGUGAGUACUUGAUGCCACAGUGAUCUAUAUACUGGCUGCAGUGCUAAAAGCAGUCAUGUAUGUGUACUGUACAGUAGGAGAAUGACCCAUGGUGAUGCAAUAUCACAUGUUCUGUUCUUUGAUCUUCAUUCUUUGAUGAAAGGGGAUAAUUUUAAUGUACUUAAUUACUGUAACAGCAGUUAACCAAACCUUUUAUUAGACCGAUUUGGUAGGUAACGGCUUUGCACAUUCCUCUGUCUGCGUUGUUGUGGGUAUCAUCAGUCACACAUCAGGAUAGCAGAACUUCAACACACGGUAAAAUAACCGCACUGAGUUGAACAGAAAUAUCUAUAUCAGCCGCUGCUGAUGCUGUAGCGUCUCUUCUGCAGAGCUGGAAGUAGACAGGUUACAGCCUGAGCUGGGAUAACAUAAGCUAGACAGUGCAAAGAAAUGUGAAUGUGUUCCUUACAUGUACAAUCCUAAAUAAAGCAUCAUGUGUCUGCUUGGUUUUCUUUUUAACAUCUGAUGGUUACAUUGUUUUUGUUUGUGAUUAUAUAAAAGGCCAAGUAUUCUG